UACACUUGGCUUCCGAUUGGCUGGCGUGUUAAUGAAGGGCGGCUCUGACCACGCCCACUUGACUGGAGAGACGGGAGCUGAGCGCACACUGUCAGUCAAGCGUCUCCAGAGCAACAGCAUUACAGACCACCAGUUUCCGAGGCUCAUUAUUGUGUACGGAAAGACCAGUAUCUGCAGCCUGUGAAAACCAUGAACCUGAGCCCGCCUGAACACAGCACGCACAAGCCGAGUGACGGCUGCAUGGAAGACAGCAAAGCUGAGCACUUGCUCCCCUGCUACCACAGAAGCACAUUUGACGGGCCUCUGGCUUCCUACCACAGCGGCUCCAUCAUAUCUCACCUCCUGCGUAAAACCAUUCAUAAUAAACUGAGCUCCCUGGACAACAACCUCCUUUACCUGCCCUCCGCAAACACCAGCGGGCUCGAUCCCGAGUCCAACAACGAAGAUUUUGCUCAAGACGAUCAUAGCUGCAUGUCCUUCAAAGACGAGGAUCUGUCUGUAAACGAGCACCUCCAAGCCAAACGUGCCCGGGUGGAGAACAUCAUACGAGGCAUGGCUGCUUCACCCAACAGCAGGUCUCACGGAGGAGCGGAGGGCGAGAGCGAAGCCGUCCGCUGCAGAAGAGACCUCCUGAAGGAGAACAAACGCAAGCAGAGGCUCCCGCAGCACCAGGAGCCCAGUCAGUCCAACACCAAGACCAGCAAAGACCAGGAGUGCCACAGACUCAAGGAGCAGCUCCAAAGCAUGCAGCGGCUCCUGCAUCAGCUCCAGGAGAAGAUCUCGCACGUGCACGACCAGAGUUACUCGGAGAACGAGGAACGGGAAGACGCGAGGUCAGAGCACGACGCCCAACACAGUUUGAAGCUGGACAGUGGCGCGACGCACCACAAAGACCAAGUUAAAGUGGAAACGGGGGGUUUCAGCUCCGACAGGGCGGUGAAGAACCUGCAGGACACUCUUAAAUGCGAGCUGACCAGGACUGUGAGUGAAAGCGUCGAUAUGGUCUUCAAGAAGCUCUCUAUGACUCUACUAAACCAGUCGCCCUGGGCACAGCCGUGCCACAGUCCGGAGUACUCUGAGACUAAGAAGCGGAUCCCAGAUGAUUCCCCUUCAGAGCUGUCGGACUCGGACGAAAGCCUUAAAGCCAGUUCUGUGGAGCACUUUGAGAGCAACAGCCCGGAGCACCAGACCGAAGCCUUGUCCCUAGUGGUGCGGAAACCUUCCCUCAGCCCGGCUGUGAAGAGACCCUACCCGCUGCACCAGAUGCCCUUCCAGUUCGGCUACAGCGCUCCUCUCCACGACAGCCAGAUCCUGGAGCACCUGCUGAAGUACGGCCCUCACUCCUCCUUCUCCGCACUGCCUUGUCUGCCGGCGUCUCUGGAGAGGUCCUCGCCGGACUCCAUGGAGCAUGCGUGGGAAAGCGUCGGCAUGAGAUCCAAGCUGAGCUCGGGGCAUCACCAGACGGGACUGGUGUCGGUGGACGCGCUCUGCCUGCCGCGGGUCAAGAUGGAGUGUGGAGACCUGCAGAGCUUGGCUGAGAGGAGCUCCUUCAUGACCCUCAAUAUCCAGGAAGGUCUGAGCCCAAACCAUCUGAAGAAAGCCAAGCUGAUGUUCUUCUACACACGCUACCCGAGCUCCAAUCUGCUCAAGAACUUCUUCCCUGAUGUCAAGUUCAAUCGCUGCAUCACGUCUCAGCUGAUCAAGUGGUUCAGUAACUUCAGAGAGUUCUACUACAUCCAGAUGGAGAAGUUCGCUCGUCAGGCCAUCGUAGACGGCGUGAAUGAUGUCAAAGACAUACUCGUCACCAGAGAGUCCGAGCUCUUCCGCGCCCUCAACAUGCACUACAACAAAGCCAACGACUUCCAGGUUCCAGACAGAUUCCUGGAGGUUGCUGAAAUCACUCUUCAGGAGUUCUACAGUGCCAUUGCCCUCUCCAAAGACUCGGACCCCUCUUGGAAAAAAGCCAUCUACAAGGUCAUCUGCAAACUAGACAGUGAUGUUCCUGAGGAUUUCAAAUCACCUUCCUACCUUUAAACAGAGAGCGCCACCUACAGGACACUUUAUGUGUCACCACACACCGUUUAUUUAUCAUGAGUAUCAAUCAUAAAUAUUC